AACAUAGAACACGCGGACAGGUGGGGCAGGACCGCAGUAGUGGCAGCAGCUUUUAGCGGUCAUACGGAUACGGUCACAGCGUUAUUAGGUGCGGGCGCUAACAUAGAUCACGCGGACCAUGAUGGCUACUCCGCAGUAAUAGCAGCAGCUUCACUAGGCGCUAAAAUAGAACACCCGAACCUGAAGGGCAGGACCGCAGUAAAAGUAGCAGCUGAUAACGAGCAUACGGAUACGGUCACAGCGUUGUUAGAUGCAGGCGCUAACAUAGAACACGCGGACGAUGAUGGCUGGACCGCAGUAAUAGCAGCAGCUAAUAACG